UAGGCCGCAGGGUCGACCAGGAACGCGCUCACGACCGGCCUCGAGCGCUUGAUGUCUUUGGAUAUCGCUCUUUUGCUUUUUUUAAAAGUAGAUCGUCCCUUUAACACCGACACUGUCUCCAACAAGAGCAAACUAUUGGAGAUCACCCCGGACGAUGUGUGCCGUUGGAUGAAUUUGCGUGCGUUUGGGGAAGAGAAUCCUGCGGAGGACGCCAAACCAGUGAAUGCCAGGGCGUCUACCUUAGAUUAUGCUAAGAAGGACCCUUCAUCAUUCAUGCCACGGUGCACAGUACCAUGGGAUCCCAUACGCAAUGAAGGCAACCCAACCCGCUCUGACCUAGUAAAUGCUGUAAUAAAGAAGGUGAAACGCAGCGAAAUUCGGCGAGAAGGAGUGCAGUCCGCAGCGAGACGACCGGUCGACUAUGAAGAAUUUAUCAGACUACUCAAACUAUCUCGGUCGAAAAAUGACAAAGGCACGCUAAAAUAUUUGGUUUCGGCUGUACGCGCCUUGCCGCACUGCGGCGUAUUGCUCUACAACCAGUUGCACGGAGAGUAUCGCCCAGACCUGUCAUAGUUACCAAAGUAGACACAUAGGAAACUGCUGUUCGUGAAGUUCAUCACGCGGUGGUGUCAAAGAGAUCUAAGG